AUGCGACUGUGGCAAUCUGGAGGAGACCCUCAAACAAAGGAACAGCAGCAAAUUGCCCGUCUAGCUCGAACAAAAGCGAUCCGGCACCGGCUCUCUAUCGCGGGGUAUGGAGAGGAGCUGUCGGUUAUGGGUAUUCCGGGUCACGAAUCAGAGCAGAAACUUUUCGAAAAUCAUCCUCUCGUUUCAAGGGGCAAACUUUUACUGGAGGACGGUUCGUCUCUUCUGGAUUUUCUGGCCGUGAUUCUAUUCUUACUUCUGUUCAAUCCAGAGUGGGAAGAUAUUUGGCCGGAAUUGGAACAGUUCAUGGAUGAUUAUCGCCAGGAUCUCGCCCUUCGUCGCCAAGCAGAAUUGGAGGAAGAAGCACAACGGCGUCUCCGACAAGCCCUCGCCCACCACCACGGAGGGGCAUAUAACAAUUCGGCAAACACGUCCAGAAACCGGGGCAGGAAGGGGAAAAAGCACACACUACUAUGGCAAGCUGAAGUGUUCCAUGAUGUUUGCCUUCGCCUAUACGCUGUAACUCAGCAGCGCAGCAUCUGGAUUCGUAAAUUGACCCACCUCCUCAACAACGGAGCAGUUCUCCCUCAUCACCUCAAGGAGUAUCAUAAUCUCCCCCUCCAAACUCUCGAAGCUCUUGUGUGGAGAAAUCAGCGGCUUCAAGAUAAAAGACUUCGUAAUGAUAUGUCCGCGCUGAAGGUGUCUCAUCUAUAUUUGAAGCACUCAAUUUCCUGGCUUCGUCUUGUCGCUGGACGGUGGCUUUUUUGCGCUUUCUCUGACAACGCUACCAGUGGGAUUGGCUGUUGGGACGUCGUCUCAGUUUUCGCGGGUCACGUUCGGCCCAUUGCCAUUGGCUACCUUCCUGGUCGAGUACAAACAGCCCAACUCGAGGUUCAGACUUCACGAGUAGUCAUUGCAUUAGGACUUGGGCCAGAAAUGUCUGCAGUACACGUUUUGAGCCUACAGCGUUCCCCAGACAACCAGUACCCCUAUUCAUUUUGCGAGUUGGCCUGCAUAAACAACUCAUCGCAUAUAUUGCUGCUUUCCGGAAAUCUCAUUGGCUGUGCAGUCCACCAUGGAGACAAUGUCCCUCAUUUGAUUGACUGGAAAAGACAGAUGUUGGUCGGAUUCGCAAUACCUCCAGGUGGUUUGGAUGUUGCUGGUCGGAGGAGCGUGCCGCAUAACAUGUUCCUAUGCAAGGACAUUCUCAUCGUUGCGCGGCAGAUUGGUCUCGAAGUGUAUUCUGUCCGAAGCUCUAUUUCCUUCAUCAAAACCAUAGAGAUGCCAGCUAUCUGGGAAAUCUCUGCUUGCCAGACUGCAGAUUCCUCUAUUCGUCUGUUUUUUAUUUCUCCCCACGGAAUCGAAGCCCUCGAUGCGAAUGCGCAGAUGCUAUCAGAUCCGACAGCAGACAGCGCCUCUUCUUUAUAUCGACUUGCCAGCGCGCCGACAGUUCAAACUCGUGUGGCCCCCUGGUACAAUCUUUGUGUAGGAAACUCCGGGACUCGGGCUUUAUGGGUUACGGUAGCAUCCGAGCCGUUGCCCAACUUUCCAUUUCGGAGGCCGCCUUGUUUCGUAUCCGCUGCAUUUUCUUUCCGCCCAACCACGAUUGAAAUAUCUCGGAUUCGAUGGACUCCGGGAAGUGCAGCUGACCCGGCUCUCUGGGCGAUUCCUAUUGUCGACUUUGACGAGUGUUUGGGAAUCACAGUUUUCGGAAACUGCUUUGGAGAGUUGGCGAUCUACGACCAUUGCGGGCCAGGUCUUCAUCAGUGUACCGAAUUCAGUCUCCCCACCACAGACUCGACCACAAGUCUUCUGCCCCAGGUGGCUAUCGACUUGAACCUGCCGUUUUCACCCCAACGCAAUACGCCAAGCGAGGCUCUGGAUCUUGAGGCGGCUACCGCCCAAUGGUCGAAGGCCAAUCUUGAUAUAGCUGACCCAGGAUGGGCUACGAGCUCAGACUGGACGACCGAAAGCUUCAUGUUCCGCCAAAUGGCCCUCUGGCAAUGCGUUCCCGGCGACUGGGCCUGGGCCUUGACACACGUCUAUGGCUUCCCUGGCCGAGUACUUCCUCAGGUCUUGAUAUGCCACGCGGGAGAGGUCGGAGAGGAUUGUCUCGUGUUCCAAGUCGGCAACCGCUUCAUGCUGCACACGGAGAUGAACGAGUUCAAGUCCUGUGUCGUUCAGUAUAAACCUGACGGGCGUCCGUUUUGGGACGCCCUCAAUGUGCACGAUGAAGAAUAUACCUCAGCAACAGCUGCGACGAAGAGCAGCGUCUUUGUGGAGUUCGCUUAUAGCAGCGAUGACUCCGAUGACUCCGGUACAAGGCGAAAUCGCUGGCACGAAAUGUGGCUUAGAGGUGGUACUGUGGAUUGGAAGCAUUGUCGAGAUUAUUGUCGCAUGUCUAUUUCCGUUGAGUCUUUCACCCCACUUUUGUCAAAUCCUCACCGUAGUUUAGCUGCGGCCCUAAAGGUUCAAGGAACACGAGAACAUUGCUUCAAGUAA